UUCAAUAUUCUUGGUCAUUUUCUCUACCCCAACUAUUAUCUCUUACCCUAAACACUCUGUUCUUUCUUUCUUCACCCCGAAAAAACAGGCAACCUUAUUCAAACAAACCAACACCUAAGUUGUCGCAUAAUCAAGCUGUUUGGUUUCUUAACCAAAAUGUCCAACCACCUUCACCAUCUCCUCCUUCCCCUCGUCCUUCUUUCCGCCGUUCUUGCCGCCGCAGACGACGGCGCAACUAUUCUAAAGAUAGCAUCAUCCUUCAGUACCCUUCCCAGCGGCUGGUCCUCCACCUCUUCCGACAACUACUGCAGCUGGCCAGGCGUAAACUGUGACAAAUCCAGCCGUGUUACUUCCAUCAACCUGUCUUCCAAGUCCCUGUCUGGAUCCAUAUCUCCGGACAUUUCCACCUUAUCGGAACUCCGUAGUAUAUCUCUUCAGCGCAACUCUUUAUCAGGGGCCAUCCCAUCUUUCGCAAACCUCUCCAACUUACAAUCCAUUUACCUAGACAGCAACGCGUUCACCUCAGUCUCCCCGGGCGCGUUCUCAGGAUUGACCAGUCUACAAACGUUAAGUAUGAGUGAAAAUGUGAAGCUAAGUCCGUGGACUUUCCCAGAUUUAUCCCAAUCGACAAGCCUCGUCGAACUUCAACUAGACAACAUCAACUUGUACGGCACCUUGCCUGAUUUAUUCGAAUCUAUGAACAGUUUACAAAGUAUAAGGUUGUCUUACAACAGUUUGAACGGUACAUUGCCGGCUUCUCUUGGUGGUUCCAUGAUUCAGAAUCUUUGGAUCAACAAUCAGAAUGGUGGGUUCACGGGUACUAUAGAAGUUUUGUCCAACAUGACACAGUUGUCCCAGGUUUGGCUUCAUAAGAAUAUGUUUACGGGUCCGAUCCCAGAUUUGUCUAAAUGUACGGGUAUUUUCGAUCUGCAGCUUAGGGAUAACCAGUUAACAGGGCCUGUCCCGGAAUCUUUGAUUAAUCUUCCGAAUUUGAAGAAUGUUUCAUUGUCUAAUAAUAAAUUGCAGGGUCCUUUACCCAAGUUUCCUAGCUCAGUUGAGAAAGUUACUGUUAAUGGAACCAAUAAUUUCUGUACGAAUAAUGGGGAUCCUUGUGAUCCUCAGGUUAGUACAAUGCUUGAGAUUGCGAGUGGUUUUGGGUACCCGGUGUUCCUUUCUGAUGAUUGGGCCGGAAAUGAUACUUGUGGUUGGUCUUUUGUUACUUGUGAUUCACAACGGAAUGUGAUUACCGUGAAUCUUGGAAGGAAAGAUUUGGCUGGGACGAUUUCUCCAGCAUUUGGGAAUCUCACGGCGUUGAAAAAUUUGAAUCUUAAUGACAAUAAAUUGACAGGUUCAAUUCCUGAUAGUCUGGCUAAGUUGAGUAGUUUGCAGCUUCUUGAUGUGUCUAAUAACAAUCUUAGUGGAGAUAUCCCAAAAUUUUCAAGUUCAGUAAAGUUUGUUUCCUCGGGGAAUAGUUUGCUUGGAAAAUCUAGUGGUUCUGGUGACGGAGGAACUUCAAAUUCUGGAGCAUCGGGUGGAGGUUCAGAUGGGAACUCCAAAAGUGGUGGCAAUGGUAAGAAAUCAAUUGCUCUGAUUGUAGGUGUUGUUGUUGGUGUGUUGAUUUUCGUUGCUGUUGUUUGCUUUGUUUCUUAUAAGUAUAUUGUGAAGAAAAGGUAUGGGAAAUUUGGGAAAAUGGAGGACAGUGAUGCUGAGAAGGGAGUAGUUAACAAUGGGGCAAUGGGUGGUGGAGUGAAUGGGUAUGGAGGAGUUCCUGGUGAACUGCAAAGCCAGAGUAGUGGCGAUCAUAGUGACUGUCAUUUCUUUGAGGGUGGAAAUGUUGUGAUCUCAAUGCAAGUCCUAAGACAGGUGACCGAUAAUUUCAGUGAGGCUAAUAUUUUAGGAAGAGGGGGUUUUGGGGUUGUGUAUAAAGGGGAAUUGCAUGAUGGCACACAGAUUGCUGUCAAGAGGAUGGAGUGUGUGGCGACAGGUACUAAAGGAAUGAAUGAGUUUCAGGCUGAAAUUGCAGUACUUACAAAGGUUAGGCACAGGCAUCUGGUUGCACUUUUGGGUUACUGUAUUAAUGGUAAUGAGAGGCUCUUGGUUUAUGAGUAUAUGCCUAAAGGGACCCUUGGUCAGCAUCUCUUCGAAUGGCAGGAAAAUGGCUAUGCUCCACUCACCUGGAAGCAGAGAGUCACCAUUGCACUGGAUGUUGCUCGUGGGGUGGAGUAUUUGCACUCCCUAGCACAGCAAAGUUUCAUUCACCGGGAUUUGAAGCCUUCCAACAUACUCCUCGGGGAUGACAUGAGGGCAAAGGUUGCAGAUUUUGGCUUGGUUAAGAAUGCACCUGAGGGAAAGUACUCUGUGGAGACACGAUUGGCAGGAACAUUUGGAUAUCUUGCUCCUGAAUAUGCUGCAACUGGAAGGGUGACUACUAAAGUGGACGUCUAUGCAUUUGGGGUGGUCUUGAUGGAGAUAAUCACUGGCCGAAAAGCUUUAGAUGAAACCUUACCUGAUGAAAAGUCACAUUUGGUCACAUGGUUCCGCAGGGUCCUAAUCAACAAAGACAACAUUCCAAAAGUGGUUGACGAAACAAUAAACUGUGAUGAAGAGACAAUGGCGAGCAUCUUCAAGGUAGCUGAGCUGGCAGGGCACUGCACAGCUCGUGAACCAUAUCAAAGACCUGACAUGGGGCAUGCAGUCAAUGUGUUAGGCCCUCUUGUUGAGCAGUGGAAACCUACCAGCCAUGAGGAUGAAGAAAACUCAGGCAUUGACCUUCACAUGAGCCUUCCACAGGCUCUACAAAGAUGGCAAGCAGAUGAGGGUACUUCCACAAUGUAUGGUGAUAUAUCAUACUCCGAUACCCAGUCAAGCAUUCCUGCAAAACCCUCAGGAUUUCCGGACUCAUUUCGCUCAUCAGAUUGCCGGUGAUGGAAAUGGGAAAAUAACCAACAUUACUUUGAAGAGUACGCACUGUAAAAUUUGGGAUGAGGUGAAAAAGCCAGGUUGAGCUGCAGUCCAGGUGAUAGCGAAGAGUAUUAUGGUCAUAUUAUGCUUAUCAAAUUCAGUUUGUAAUCUUAUUUUGGUUGUGCUAAAUGUGAGCCAAUUGAGCAGUCACUGUUUCUUAUUAAAAUUUUUCAAAAGCUAACCAAUUGAUUUGUUUUGUUGGUGGAGCAUUUACAGAGGAAAAAAGGGUUUUGGAGAAGAGGGGGGAGUAAAAUUGUAUCAUAUUCUUUGACCUUUUUCAUUGUAAUGUAUAAUUAUUGUUUUCAAUUAUGUUCAAUCAUGUUUGGUUGGCA